AUGGCGGGGCUCCGGGGCACUCCACAUCAGGCGGCGCAGGGCGGCCGGAGGUGUGGCGGCGGCGUACGGAGCCGCCAACGCCCCUGCGGUUUGGUGCCUUCCAACAGUCGCCGGCGGCGAUGCGGCGGCCGGGGCUGGUCGGGGCCGGUCGGGGACGACGGCGGGGGUCGAGGCGGUGGCCGAGCUUGCGUCGGCGGGCGGCGGCGAUGCCCGGGAGUGAAGGCGGCCCGCGCUCGGCCCGUACAGCACAAAGGCGGCGGCAGGGGGCACCUGCGGCGGCCGGCGGUGCUCAAGGGUGGCCGGGGUCGGGUGCGGUGGUCGCCGGAUGAUCGGCGGAGACCUCCGCGGCCGUCGGGAAGCGGCGGCAGGGCUCACACACCCGAGCCACCCAGCUUCGGCCUGGGUGGUGUCCCUGGGGCCGCAGGCGGCUACGGCGGCUCCGGCGGCGCACGGCGACGGUGGGGGUCGGCGGUGACGGUGCCGGCGGGGGUGCCUGGGUCGGGGCUCACCUCACUCGAGGCCUGGCCGGCUCAGGGUGGUGCUGGGUACAUCCUCGGCCAAGGUGGAGGGAGAGGGAGGAAGGUUGGAGCUUGGGAAAUCAUUUCCGGCGACGGCGGCGGCUGCCGGCCGCCGGGGUGCAAGCACGGCGUGGACAGGGGGCCUCCUAGGCGGCUGGUGCACAGGGAGGGCUAG